GUGGCUUCAAAGUGAAACUUGCUUAGAACACCAGCUCAGAUAUUAAAUAUUUUGACAGAAGCAACCAGCAAGGAAGAAAUAUGGCUGCGCAAAUAUUCCUCUGCCUUUCGUUUUUAUUCUUUCCAACGAUAACUGCAGGACAGUCUGUUUCCCAGUCUCCACGUACCAUAUAUGCAGAAAGAGGAGAAUCAGUUUCAAUGACCUGUGAAAUCACAGUUACACAAGGAAAGAUAGUCGGCACUAAUUUACUAAGGAAUCCUUUAAACCCAAUGGAUCUGUGUUUUGUCAGGGUAGAAUCUGUGUUCAUAGCUGAGACGCAUAGGCUUCGUCUGGAGUGCAUUGGGACACAAGAUGCAAAAAGGAUCAACAUUACUCUCAGAAAUCUCCAGAAAAAUGACACUGAUAUUUACUAUUGUUCUUCUGGGAUAGAGAAUGGUAGAUUAGACAACUUCAAAUCUAAAGGAACAAUGCUUAUUGUAACAGACAAAACCACGCAACCUUGUGAUGAUAACUGUACCGAAGAAGAAAAAUGCAAAGUUGCUGUUUAUAAGGAUCCGCUGAUGAUUGCAAUGAUUAUUCUUGCAGUUGCUAGCUUCCUUUGUGCACUGGUUCUGUUACUUCGACAUGGGAAAAAUCGCUAUCAAGAGGCACAAACUCAACGAAAACGAGUUCCAAAUUCAGUGCAUGAAGAUAUGAACUUGGUAUGAUCGCAAAGCAUGGCUCGUUAGUGCUCAAGUAAAAUGAGCCUUAAACAUUUGAUUCAAUUAUCUAUGAAAGGUAAAAUGCACCAUCAGAGUAGGAUAGGACCUGAUGGAAUCUGCAAAGUUCUUAAACAUUUUCUUCACUGUUUUGUUUCUGUGACGUAAACUUUUAUGAAUUAAGAUGGAAUGCUGAAAUCUUGAGCAAAACACAAGAUGCUGGAAUAAAUCAGCGGGUCAGGCAGCAUCUGUGGAGGGAAUGGACAGGAGACGUUUUGGGUCGGGAACUCUUGAUCAGUCUUAAGAAUGG